UGUCCACCCGGAGUCCUGGUUGGACGUUCGUAAACCCUUCAGGGGGGUUUACGCUCUGGUUCCGAGGAGGUUGGAGACCUGCCCUCGGGCCUGGAUUAUGGUGUGAUGUAGUUUUAGCGGAGAUGAUGGGUUAUUAUUGUAGUAUCACUUAGCAAAAGUAGGGGCAGGUUGCAGAGGCCGCCAGAAGCAUUUCUGCACCACGGAGACGUGAGCUGUCAAUGGGGAAGGAGUCAACACCCACAUUGAGUAAAGGAAUGAGUGUCUCCGCUCUUUGAGGCUUCUCUUGUGAGCACAGCACUGAAGAAAAAAAAAAAUUGAUGUGUUUCGGGGCAUUCAAAGCAUUCAGAAGGUGACCAACCAUGUCUUUGGACGACAUUAAGAUGAAAUGCAGCGACUUCAUAGAGAGGGAACACCUGGACAGCGGAGGCUUUGGGAAGGUGUCUUUGUGUUGGCACAGGACUCAUGGACUGGUGAUACUGAAAAAGGUGUACACAGGACCGAAGCGCACCGAGUACAACGAGUCACUCCUCGAGGAGGGGAAGAUGAUGCACAGACUGAGACACAGCCGGGUGGUCAAGCUGCUGGGCAUCAUCAUGGAAGACGGGAACUACUCCCUGGUGAUGGAGUACAUGGAGAAGGGCAACCUGAUGCACGUGCUGAAAGCCGAGGUCAGUAUCCCGCUUUCUGUAAAAGGAAGGAUAAUUAUGGAGACCAUCGAAGGAAUGUGCUACUUACAUCAAGAAAGCGUGAUACACAAGGACCUGAAGCCUGAAAAUAUCCUCGUCGAUGACGACUUUCACAUUAAGAUAGCUGACCUUGGCGUUGCUUCCUUUAAGACGUGGAGCAAAUUGACUAAAGAGGAACACAAUGAGCAGAGGAAAGUGAAUGGCCCUUCUAUGAAAAAUGGCGGCACCCUCUACUACAUGGCUCCUGAACACCUGAAAGACAUAAACGCCAAGCCCACGGAGAAGUCAGACGUGUACAGUUUUGCCAUAGUACUCUGGGCAAUCUUUGCAAAUAAGGAGCCAUAUGAAAAUGCUAUCUCCGAGGACCAGUUCAGAAUGUGUGUGUUAAACGGAAACAGGCCGAGUGCAGAUGACAUCCUCGAGUACUGUCCCAGGGAGAUCAUCCACCUCAUGCGGCACUGCUGGGACGCAGACCCAGGGACCCGGCCAACGUUUCCUGACAUUGAAGACACAUUUAAGCCUUUUUAUUUAAUGCAUUUUGAAGAAUAUGUAGAGGAGGAUGUGAAGAGUUUAAAGGACAAGUAUCCAGACCAAAAUGCAAUUGUGAAGAAAAUGCAGUCCCUGCAAAUGGAUUGUGUACCAUUACCUCCAAGCAGGUCAAAUUCAGCCACAGAGCAGCCUGGUUCACUGCACAGCUCCCAGGGACUCCAGAUGGGUCCUGUGGAGGAGUCCUGGUUUGGCCCUUCUCUGGAGUACCAGCAGGGGGAGAGCGUGCCCAGCCUGCAGAGCAAGCUCCAGGCAGAAGCCAACUACCACCUUCACGGCAGCCGCAUGGACAGACAGACAAUACCGCAGUCCAAGAAGAGCGUGGUAUACAGCAGAGAGGAGGAAAGGAGACGCAGGGUCUCCCAUGAUCCUUUCGCACAGCAGAAACCCGAGAGUGUCCAGACUGCAGGACCCAAAGUCCUGGCCAGUCAUGGAAAUGGACUAUACCAAGCAACAGGGCCCACCAGCCAACACCACCUACCGUACUGGAACAAUGGGCACUAUAGUCAACCCAACUUUGGAACGAGAUCACUGGAUCCAGGAACAGCAAGUCCCGGAGUUUGGUAUACAGCAAACCCAAGCCAUCCGCCUAGUCUGCAUAAAGGUGCAAUGCCUGAGGCCACCCUGCAGGGAAACACUCCCACCAUACCAUUCAGCUCCUUUCCAUCAGCAGAUGAGUCUAUAAAGUGUGCCAUAUACAACAGUACUGGCAUUCAGAUUGGAGCCUACAAUUAUAUGGAGAUUGGUGGAACGAAUUCCUCACUCACAGACAACAUGUACACCUACGUGAAAGAAGAGCCAGCUUCUAAGUACCAAGAUAUCUUUGAGCUAAGAGGAAGGAUCCAACAGAAAGAGGAAAGGUACAGGAGAAGAAGACACAUCAGUUGGGGAGGUGAGCAUAAGGAUAAUACCACCAGUCUGACUGAUAAACACCUGGACCCAGUCAGAGACAAUUUAGGAAGGCAUUGGAAAAUCUGUGCUCGAAAACUGGGCUUCACCGAGUCUCAGAUCGAUGAAAUCGACCACGACUACGAGCGAGACGGACUCAAGGAAAAGGUUUACCAGAUGCUCCAAAAAUGGCUGAUGAGGGCAGGCAAUAAGGGCGCCACUGUAGGGAAGCUGGCCCACGCUCUCUACCAGUGCUCCAGGAUAGACCUGCU